CAGGAAGGGUUUCGGCUGCCGGAGCCUGGGAGCGGUGUGGGGUCUGAGAGUGGAGCGAAAGGCUGCAGCUACACAUUAUUGGCUAGACUCCUCUCACAAGAGGCGUAACAAGGCGUGCUCGAAGUAUGCCAACUAAACCUUAUUCAGUGAAAAUGACAUUGUAAAAGUGGGACUGACCCUAAUAAUGCGAGCGGAUGUUCUACUGAACCAGCAGUUUUAAGAGUUUACUGUGCGAGAUCAUUUGUGAUGGCUACUACUGAAAUGGAAUCUGGGUCUACAGAAAGCAGGUCCGAGCAAGGAUCGUCGGACCCCGAUUCGAAAUACCCACUUAAAGUUCUUUACUGUGGAGUGUGCUCCCUACCUACAGAGUACUGCGAGUACAUGCCCGAGCCAGCCAAAUGUAGGCAGUGGCUUGAGAAGAACUUUCCAGAUGUGUUUGCCAAGAUGACUGUAGGAAAUGCUCCCAAACAGGAAUCCGGCACUGGAGGCUCCCCUACAGGCGAAGAGGAGGAGAAGAAGAAGCAAAAACGAGGCGGAAGAGGCCAAAUUAAACAGAAAAAGAAGACGGUGCCUCAGAAAGUCACAAUAGCCAAAAUUCCAAGAGCAAAGAAGAAAUACGUGACACGAGUGUGUGGCCUGGCAACAUUUGACAUUGAUCUUAAAGAGGCUCAGCGAUUCUUUGCUCAGAAGUUCUCUUGUGGUGCCUCAGUUACAGCCGAGGAUGAAAUAAUCAUUCAGGGAGAUUUUACAGAUGACAUAAUUGACGUCAUUCAAGAAAAGUGGCCUGAGGUGGAUGAUGACAGCAUCGACGAUCUGGGUGAAGUCAAGAAGUAAAGACCAAAUAUGCACUUUCACUGGGAUGGAUGUGACCUGUAACAUCAACAACAACCUGGCCAAAUGUACACAUUAAGUCAUUUUAUACCUAUUUUAUUUACUGUACAUAAAAAGGUGCGGACUUGGCCACUCACUUGGCGGCAGUUGCAUUUUUAUUUUGUUUUUUUUUUUAGUCAAUAGCUGCUUUCUCUUGUUUGCCAAAGGCGUGGUAUGAAUUAAGUCCUUCACAAAUGUUCUUCACUCAAGCAAAUCUGUAGGCUAAUAAAUUUCAUUCUCCUCCGUC